AUGGCUGUGAUUCCAUUUCUUUUUCUUGUUUUCAUGCUUAGCUUUUCUCAUGGGAUUGCUCAGGAAACCGAGCUUUCUCAUGUCCCUACGAAAACGAGCAAUUUACAGACAUACAUUGUCCAUGUAAUGCAACCAGAGGGUAAAGUUUUUGCCCAAAGAGAAGACCUGGCGAGCUGGCACAAAUCUUUUCUGCCAUCUAUGACGGCAAGCUCUGAUGAGCAAACACGCUUGCUUUACUCCUACAAAACUGUGAUCAGUGGUUUUUCAGCAAGGCUAACUCAAGAGGAAGUGAAAGCAAUGGAACAGAUGAAUGGUUUUGUGGCGGCACAUCCUGAACGAGUGUUUCGUCGGAAAACCACACACACUCCCAACUUCUUGGGGCUGAACCAACAAGCAGGAAUUUGGAAAGACUCAAACUUUGGGAAGGGAGUGAUCAUUGGAGUACUGGAUGGCGGAGUAUUCCCCAGCCACCCUUCAUUCAGUGGUGCAGGAAUUCCACCUCCACCUGCUAAAUGGAAAGGGAGGUGUGACUUCAAUGUGUCAGAAUGCAAUAAUAAAUUAAUUGGAGCACAGUCGUUCAAUCUUGCAGCCAUGGCAUUGAAGGGAGCAAAAGCUGAACCGCCAACUGAUGAAGACGGACAUGGAACACACACAGCAAGCACAGCUGGUGGAGCGUUUGUGCAGAAUGCUGAUGCGCUAGGAAAUGCCAAAGGCACAGCAGUUGGGAUGGCACCUUAUGCUCACCUGGCAAUAUACAAAGUCUGUUUUGGAGAACCCUGUCCAGAAAGUGAUAUCCUAGCUGCCCUUGAAGCUGCUGUUCACGAUGGUGUUGAUGUGAUCUCAAUCUCCCUUGGAGAAGAUCCAGUUCCAUUUUUCCAGGACAGUACUGCAAUCGGUUCAUUUGCAGCAAUGCAAAAGGGAAUAUUUGUUAGUUGUUCAGCUGGAAAUUCUGGUCCAUUUAACGGCACAUUAUCUAAUGAAGCCCCUUGGAUUCUCACAGUUGGAGCAAGCACCCUCGAUAGACGCAUUGUAGCUUCAGCCAAGCUUGGAAAUGGAUUAGUAUUUGACGGUGAAUCUCUCUUUCAACCGAAAGAUUUCCCUUCAACAUUGUUGCCUCUUGUUUAUGCUGGAGUAAAUGGAAAAGUAGAGUCUGCAUUUUGCGCUGAAGGAUCCUUAAAAAACAUAAGUGUGAAAGGUAAGGUGGUUGUGUGUGAGAGAGGUGGGGGAAUAGAAAGAAUUGACAAGGGAGUGGAAGUGAAAAAUGCAGGGGGUGCAGCCAUGAUUCUACUGAAUGCGGAAACUGAUGGAUUCAGUACCUUAGCUGAUGCUCAUGUUCUUCCUGCAGCACAUGUGACCCAUGCAGCUGGACUGAAGAUCAAAGCAUACAUAAAUUCAACAGCAACACCAACAGCGACAAUCUUAUUCAAAGGAACUGUCAUCAGAGACUCAACAUCUCCAGCUGUUGCUUCCUUCUCUUCAAGAGGCCCCAGCCAGGCAAGUCCAGGAAUUCUGAAACCAGACAUAAUUGGACCAGGUGUAAGCAUUCUUGCUGCAUGGCCAUUCCCUCUUGACAACAACACAAAAUCAACAUCCAGUUUUAAUAUAAUUUCCGGAACAUCAAUGUCAUGUCCGCAUCUCAGUGGAAUUGCAGCUUUGCUCAAGAGCUCUCACCCAUACUGGUCACCAGCUGCCAUUAAAUCUGCUAUAAUGACUUCUGCUGAUCUUCUAAACUUGCAAGGCAAACGGAUUUUUGAUGAAACACUUCAGACUGCAGAUAUCUUAGCCACCGGUGCGGGCCAUGUCAAUCCAUCAAAGGCAACCGACCCAGGACUGAUAUAUGAUAUUCAACCUGAUGAUUAUAUUCCAUAUCUUUGUGGCUUGGGCUACAACGAUACUGGAGUCAGUAUCCUCGUGCACAGACCAAUAAAGUGCUCAAAGGUAUCAAGCAUCCCUGAAGGAGAGCUGAACUACCCUUCAUUUUCUGUCAAGCUGGGACCAUCUCAGACAUUCACAAGAACUGUGACAAAUGUUGGUGCCUCAUAUUCCACUUAUUCAGUCAAGGUAUAUGCACCACUAGGAACCCAUGUGACUGUCAAACCCAGCACGCUUUACUUUACAGAGGUGAACCAGAAGGCGUCAUAUUCAGUGACAUUCAGUCGUACUUCAGGAGGUAAAGCUGGUGCAUUCACACAGGGAUUUAUAACAUGGGCUUCUACUAAUCACGUUGUCCGGAGUCCAGUUUCUGUUUUAUUUCAGUGA